CUGGUCCGCGGGAAAGCGGUGACCCCAGACGCCAGCAGGAAGCGGCCGCCCCGCCCCAACGUGCCGCCAGCCCCGCCCGGCCCGCCUUCCGUUUCCGGUAGCGCGGCGCGGAGAUGGCGUCAUUGGCGAGUGCCCGGCCGGCCGCCAGUGUGAAAACGCGCGAUGUUGAGCCGGCUUCAGGAGCUGCGCAAGGAGGAGGAGACGCUGCUCCGCUUGAAAGCGGCCCUGCACGACCAGCUGAACCGGCUCAAGGUUGAAGAACUGGCCCUCCAGUCAAUGAUUAGUUCUACAAGAGAAGAUGAGAUGCCGUCUUCUCAACCUGCGCCUGAACAGUCACAUGAUCAGAUGUUGGUGCAUGUAGACAAUGAAGCAUCAAUCAACCAGACUGCACUGGAGUUGAGCACAAGGAGCCAUGUGCCAGAAGAAGAGGAGGAGGAGGAGGAGGAGGAAGAAGAAUCCGAUUCCUGAAGGGGAGAAGAGCCAGGCCUGGUGUUAGGACCGGCCCCGACAAACACUUCCCACCGAGGAGCCCCUGGUCCUCGUCUCCACAGCACCGUGACCCUUCUCCAACAGAGGACAGAUGCCUGACCCCGGAGGCCGCUGUUCAGUGUGUGCGAAGUGAGGCUGAGUAACAGGCCGGAGCCGGGACAGCUGGGCACAGGGAGGCGCCCCAACAUGAGUCCCUCCCUCCACCGAAGAACGUCCCAGCCUUUCCUUCCUGCAACUGGACCACGAAGCCCUGAGCUCCCUCACCUUCCAACGUUCCCAUGGCCUGUUUAGAAAUGACCUGCUAGGCCUUGUUAUAAAGCGAAGGAGUGGCACUGGCUACAGAGGCAGGGGACCUGUGUUCACGUCCUGGCCCUGCCGCCUGCCCUACGCGCAGCCUUCAGCAAGUCCCUUCGCUUCUGUGGUCUGUGGUCUACGUGUCAGUAAAGCAGUGAUAACAGUCCCAGCUCUCGCAACCUCACCAGAUGGAGGCCAGGAUCAGUCGAAUGAACUGUGGGCACUUAAACAGCACACACGUUACAGGAUCACAAAAAAUGACUCUUUCACAGGUUGCCCUCUAAGACAGGCAGUUCACAGCACCAGACACCCACUCCCUCACUCCCCCCUGCUGCUCAGACACCACUCUCCGGGCCACAGCUGCUGCUCAGGAGUGGCUGCACUGCCUCUGUGACUGUCCUUGUAUCUGAUUUCUAUUCACAUGGCAAGCCAGCCUCCUUUUUUGCAAACUUAUAUAACGCCACUUUCCUCCCUCCCUGGCUGUGGCUCCUGCUUCCGCCACCUGCCCCAGGGAACUUCGCUGCCUGGGAGGCUGCAGAGAUCCAUGCGGGUGGGGGCCAGAGCGGAGCAGAGGGAAACCCUCAGGGGGGUCUCCCUGCUUGGACCACAUCCAUCCUGGAAGCCAGAUGCACACACAGGGCCCCUCCUGGUGACCCUGGAGGCCUGACAAGAAGUUGCAUGGAGACCUGGGCACUCCACUCCACUCCACUCCAGAGCGUGUGGCUGGAGCUACCAGGCCAGGACAUGCUCCUUCCCGGCAGCCCCGGCCAAGUCGGGCUCUUCUCUAGGGGCAGAAAAGAGGUCAGAUAAGGCCACGGAGAUUGUUUCCUCCAAUUGUCAGCCUCCUGCAUUUGCUUCCCACAAUCACCGCCUCUCCUUCCUCUGCUCCCGUGCCCAGCAACUCCUCCUCCAGCCUGUCUUGCACAGUGACCGGCACUCCUCCCGUGGGACAGCCCCCGCACAGAGGCUGCCUCGCAGUACAGUCCAGGCCCCUCGGCCUGCCCUUCCAAGCCCGCUGUCCUGCUCACUUCUGCAACUUCUUGCUGCAGCACGUCUCCGUGUCCACCUUCCCCAGGCUGGGGCUCGCCUGCCUCUCUGUGCUGGUCCCCACCCCUAAAACCUCCUCCUUUCCCACCCACCCGUUCACCUCUACAUCCAGGUGCCUGGUUCUUUUGAGUGCCCUUCCCAGCAUGGAAUACUGCCCUGCUUUGGAGCCCUGGGAGGUUUAAUCGGGCUUUUCCUCCCACAUCUUCCCUAGCAGCAACCUCAAACGUUGUUCACAUCACAGGCGCAAGCCCUCUCUACUCCCCGAGGCCUCUUCAGGCCUUGGGUUCUCUUUCUGACCCUCCAAUAUUAGGAGAGUGAGGCUGGGAGGAGCCCCAGCGUGUGGUGGGACACUCUGUAUUCCGCAGCAAGCAUCCACCACUCUCUGAGCUCCCAGGCUGACAAGCUUCCCUAGGAAACCUACAAGAUGCUAAGGUUUGAUACCCAGAUCCUGCCCCGGCUCUGCAACAAUGAAGAUGGAUAAACCCUCCUUCUUCAAAAAUGAUUAAGGAAGUGUUAUGAAAAAACUAAGCGGAAGAAAGUAUUUUCCUCUCUGAUAUUUUCUGCACCAGAAAUAACCACUGUUCAAAGCCUCCUGAUAUUUCCCCCAUGAGCACAUGGUAUUAACUUGACUUCUGAGCAUUUUGUUUCUUUUUUAAAUUAAUUAAUUUAUUUUUGGC